UGAAUAUGCUGGAAAACUUUCAUAUCUGCAGAGAAGGAGCAGAUCCAGAAAAUCGAAACUUUCACAUGGAAUGUAAGCUAGAUUAUCAAAUUUCGUAGUCUGCUUUCAUUUUUGAAGUGUAUUUUCUCCUUGAACAUAGUUUAAACAUUCAAAUGUAAUUUAGUAACAAUUCCAUACUCACACCACGGGUAGCUUGGUUCCAGGUUCUUUUGUAGGUUUAGCAGCAAUUGGUUCGUCCUAAAUUGACUAACCUUCCAAUUUCCAACUUCCAACCACUUCAAUUCAUUUUUAUAUUGGGAUGAGCCAUUUUUAAUGGCAAGUGAGGAUUUGCCCUCAGCUUCCCCGUCCUUCCUGAAAUAUAUUUGCAAGUUCGAUGAUAAAAUUGAAUAAUGGGAAGGGGGUUCCGUAUUUUGUGCGGUCAAUUAGAUGUACGUUUGCAUGUAAGUUUAAUUCUCCACAUUUAUUUAAUUCUCCAUAGUAAAACAGAAUAAAAUACAAUAUUGUAAAUUAAAAACAAAAAUAAAAACCCCUAAUUUCAGUGGCAGGGAUAGCAUAAAUUCGUCAAACUGACCUUAUUUCCAGAAUAGUCCCCUGUUUCCAUAAUGGUCUCCUAUUUCCAUAAUGGUCUCCCAUUUCCAUAGUGGUCUCCCAUUUCCAUAAUGGUCUCUUAUUUCCAUAAUGGUCUCCUAUUUCCAUAAUGGUCUCCUAACGUUAAUUAACAUGACUUUUUUGAAGGGCCUGCCUUUCUGCUCAAUGAUGUAACUCUAAAAUGCGUUUAAAAUGGUUUCAAAGUUUUUAAUUAAAUUCUUAAAGCAUUGUCAAACUUUCCCACUAGAGAAAUGAUUUUCAGCCGGCCCCUUUGCUAACGGACCUACAAUCUCGGACAAAAAUAGUUUAGACUUUUCAAGGAAAGUCGAUAUUUUCUCUGCCAUUUGAAAAAUAUGAUGCAUGAUUUUGAAGGGGAAAUGAUAGAACUACAAAUCCAAAUUUGAUUGGGGGGAAAGGGGUGAUUCGAAUUUACAGGGGCAACGUAAAGUGGAAAAUUGCAAAAUUUGCAUUUAGUCUCAACAAUUUUGUCCAGAUUUGUAGGGCAAUGGCUAGGGAGGGGUUUCCGUUUUCUUGAUAGCCAAAAACAUACUUUUUGAGCAGUCAUCUAGAUGUAAAUUUAUGAACCUGACUUUCUUGAAGGCCCUGCUAAGCCAAAAUGCAUAGUUUUUCUAUUUGUAAGAGAAGUUCUUCUAAGAAGGGAUCAGAUGACAAUUCUCUGUAUCGUUGAAGUGGACGAUAUGUAGAUCCACGGCCCUAAAAGGGUUCACACCUAACAGUAUAUAAAAGAGCGUGUCCAAGAAUUUAUUUUGAUCGAUCUACAGAGACAGAACCUUUUUUUGGUAGCUUCUAUUUUCCUCUGAUUUUCUAUUUAUGUUUCUGGGAGGAUCUCCUCUGUCUCAAGCCCCUCCUCCGGAUGCUCUCGUUAGAAAGCUGAAUAAAAUGAUUCUGUACACAUGUAUACUGUACAAUCUUCUGUUUGACCUUGCUUCACGUAGAGGCGUAGCCAUUUCUUUAAGUUUAAUGCUAGCUGCCAAUUAAUUCUAACAGCAUUAAUUUGAAGGAUUUGCAAUAGAAAACUCUUAGAAUAUAAUGGAUUAUUGCUAAUUUUUGUUUGGAUAAAGUUGGUUAAAGGCGAGAUGUGUCAUUUUUGAGCAUUUUGUUUUGAAAUAGCGAUAUCUGGUCAGCUUGUUCUUCUCUGCUUCUCUAAAUGUAGGCACGCAACCUGCCCUGUUUUAAAGUUUAAGAGGGGGAGGGGGGUAGGAGAAUACGGAUAAAUUUUUAUAGUGGCUGUCCAAACAGAAAAUGUGAGGCGGGGAUCAAAAUUUUGUAUAUCGGUCUUACACUCCGGUUGCAGUAAAUUUUAAUUGGUUCUACACGGUUGAACAUUUUUCACUCCUAACAAUUAUUACUACUUUGCUCGGUUUAGUGUAGAGAACUGUUUCAAAGCUUUUAUGCAUCUUUACCACGGUGAACAUUUUCAAUGAAUAUCCUCUAAACAAGAGUUGUGAAAUGAAUCAGUGAGUUUCAACUUUCGUCUGACCUGUAUAUUUUUCCUGAAAGAGCAGAUUGACAAUGGAAUUCCCGCAACGCAACCACUCCUGACCUACGUUGCAUGAAGUCACAGGGCCCUUGAAAUGAUCGUUUGUUUUCAUGUUUGCGUUUUGUCUGUCACGGCGGAGUUAUUAGCAAAGGGGCGUGUCAUCUUCGUGAAUGGAAAAGAACUCUUUCUGACUGACAAUUUAUUUUAUAUUGAGUCAUAGUGUCACUACUAGUGUUGAAUCCGGCUAAGGUGACUGGAGUUAGCCAAGGAGCCUGUACCUAAUUCAAUGUGGUAGACAUUGCUUGAGGAGACUGCAUUGCACGUAUUUAUAUAGACUCGAUAUAGACAGCCCUUUUGUUAGCCAUUCGCCACUCAACCGUUCACAAUAUUGAAAACAAGGGUACUAAAAAUACGGAAUAUUAUGAAAUCCAUUUCUGUUUAUAUUAAAACCUGUUAAUUUUUACACUCGACAAUAUUUUUUUCAAGAUAAACUAUGGUUAAACACUGUGGUCUUAUAACGUGACUCUGAAAGAUAAAUACAACUGAUGUCCCUAUAUCUAAUGGAAAGCUAGAGAAUUUCUCACAGAAAAGGAUUCACUAUCUUAAUAAAUAACUAAGAGGCUUCCAGUACCAAAUAAAAGGAUAUUUGAUAACACUUUUUGGUUCUAUGCCAGAUUUUGAGUUGCUUAUGAAAAAUACAUUUGCCUUUAUUAAGUUGUCGUUUUGCUAAAUGAGCUUAGAAGGCAACGUUAUCAAUAUUGUUUGUUGUGAAAACUUCUGUUUAUGAAAUUUACAUUGCAUUUGUAAUUUAAUUAUUUUAAAAAUGUUUAUCUGUUAUCUGACUGAAUAAUUUGAUUUAUAACGAAUUUUGUUAUUUUGUUGAGCCAAGCAAAUUAAUUAACCUUCAUUUGUGGAUAAGUGAGUUUAUUAUUUUUCUUUAAUUUUUUUGCUUUGAAAAUAAUUUAAUAUUUCCAAGAAUUUUAAAACUGUUGGCAAUGGAAUUGGUCAUUGACUUGAAUCUCGCGAUCUGCACAAAUGCUGGAGAAGGUAGUGAGCAUGACUGCUGUCAUUUGUAUCUGCAAACUUCGUCCUUUUGAUGUCAUUAUUUUGAUUUCGAAAGAGACAAACAAUUGCGUCAACCAUCCUAGUCGCUGCGCAGAUCCAUGAAAGAUUUAAGACAUUGAACCCUGUGACCGUUUUUUCCCGCCAAGACUGCAGAUUGCAUUUUUCAGCAGUUUUACAAAGGAACAUAUUUUAUGUUUGGUUUAUAAUGAAGGAAAGGUGAUAUUAGAUUUGUUGCCAUCCAGCGUUUCUUAGCGAUGCCUUCUGUUUGAUGAGGAGACCAUAAACGUGUAACUGGGUUUUUCGCGUUCCAUUGUUGGCCUGAAGAAUGACAUUUUCCAAGUUGGUGGAAAAGAGCAAUACAAAGAGCAAAACAGUCUGAUGUCCGUCUAGUGGUGCAAACAAAGUUUGGAGCCAGCCCAGAAUCUGUUUCAAAUCACCGUGAACCGAACAUACCAACUGAUGAACAUUUUUGAGAAGGAGUAUCAAGUUUGAGGCUGCUGACCUGCGCAUGUUUAAUCAAAGACCCCAAAUGGUUGGUAAUUGCGACAUGUAAAGUAUGAAGAAGUGAAGAGAAAAUCAUUUUGAAAGGAUGGUCCUAUAAGCACCCUAUAAUGAUGGAAGAUCGUAAAUGGCAAAGAUGAAGGCUAGAGAACUGGUUGAAGCAUUUUUCAUCUGCAAUGUAUCGAUUUUGUUGCUUCUACUGAUGAACACUACUGCAGGUCAACAGUGGAUGUCACUAGCCCUAUCAACCAACCUCGGUUCUAUGUCAAAGAGAGUGCAAUGUGAAUAUUUCAAAGAACUAACAGCCCUUCAGAAAAGGUUCUGCAGAACCAAUAUUGAGUUGAUGCCAAGUGUGAUUAAGGGGUCCAUAAUGGCUUUAAAAGAAUGCCAAUACCAAUUUAAAUGGAGAAGAUGGAAUUGCUCCACCGUCAGAAAAGCACGAAAAAAGCAGAUUUCGCCGUUUGGACUCGCACUCAAAUCAGGAACUAGAGAGGCUGCAUUUGUCCAUGCCAUAUUCUCUGCUGGCAUCGCCAAUGCCAUUACGAAGCAGUGCAGCACGGGAAAAAUCAGUAGGUGCAGCUGUGAUGCGAACCUUAGGGGCUAUUCGAGGGCUGGUUUUCAAUGGAGUGGUUGCAGCGACAAUGUAGUUUUUGGAGUUCGGUUUUCUAAGGCCUUUGUUGAUGGUUACGAACGAGAGAGGUGGACCAAGGCAUGGACAUUUGAUAGAGUUUUGAUGAACUUACAUAACAAUGAAGCUGGAAGAAAGGCAAUUGAGAAUAAUCUUGCCAUGCGUUGCUCUUGCCAUGGAGUGUCGGGGACGUGUUCAACAAGAACUUGCUCGAGGGUGAUUCCCUCGUUCCAAGAAAUCGGAAUGAAACUCAAAGAAAAAUUUGACUGUGCAUCGAUGGUAGCAUUGCAGCGUGUUGGGGCCAGGAUCGCAUUACUUCCAAAAGACAAACGCCUGAAGCCUCUAACUAAUCAAGAUCUUGCUUAUCUUAAGGAAUCUCCUUCGUAUUGUGACGCAAAUAAAAGAGAAGGAAGCUUGGGUACUACUGGAAGAUAUUGUAACGAGCACUCGAAGGGCAUUGAUGGCUGUGCGCUGUUGUGUUGCGAUCGAGGCUAUAGAUCUAGCAUUGAAAUUGUGAAAAAGCGUUGCAGAUGCAAAUUCAAGUGGUGUUGCCAGGUAACAUGCGAUACAUGCAGCAUUGCGCAAAAAGUCUACAAGUGUCGUUGAGAGCUCCGAAGCAAAAUUCAGUUGUUGGCUGCUCGAUAAUACAAGCAUCACCAAAACGAGUUGCAAGGAAACAUUUGUUAGACAAAAAGCAAGCUCUAGUUGCAGGCUAAAUUAUCUUUCUAGGUCAUAUUUGUAACUUAAAACUUAAAUUUAAUUUGUAACACAGCACACCAAAAUCUUCCUUCAUUCGACAAACUUCUUCUCUUUCACAAUAGGUUCUAUAAAUCGUAGCUGGAUGCUCAGUGAUGAUCAUUUUUGUGCCGGUAACUUACUAUGAAGGCAUCAAACUUUUCAUUCAUUAGAAGAAAGGAACCCCGUCAUAGCAUAUAAUGAUGAAAGGCAUAAUCACAGUUGCAUUGCAUAGUGAUUUAUCGACUUGGACAACUAGACAACUAGGGACUGUCGUCUCAAUUUCCAAUAACCUUUUGUCAAAAUUUGAUCUUUGACUCAGUGAUAAGCCCCCUGUACUAUCCAAAGAAAACA